UCCAUGUGCAUGCGGCUGGGUUCCCGAACGCCUCAAAGAGUUCAUGCACGAUCAACAUAAUCACAGAAGACUAACAAUGAAUGCAUUUAUGAUGGAAACUGAGCCAACAAACACUGGCCCACACGGUGGAAUUAUACGACGAUUCGAAUUGCUGUUAAAAAGACCAUUGCAUUGGUUUGUUUGCCUUCUACACUUCAACGAACUUCCGUUUCGGCAUUUGUUUGAAGCUUUGGAUAAAUCAACCAGCACUGGACAAAGAUCGGCAACCGGAAAACUGAGCCGUCAAAUGGAAACUUGUGAAACUCUUCCGGUGGUGGACGGCUUCCAGAAAAUUGAGUUGCAAAAUAUGCCCCCUGCUUCAGAAAAAAAAGAAUUUUCCACCGAUUCGAAGUACUUAUACGACAUGGCCCAUGCAAUUUCUAGCGGCGUGGUUCCGGUGGAUCUGGCUAAUAUCAAACCAGGGAAAAUUGUACAUUCUCGGUGGCUCACCAAGGCCGCUAGAUUAUUGCGAUUAUAUGUGACAACGGAAAAUCCAGAUGCAAAUUUAAGAAUUCUGGUUGAAUUUAUAAUUAAAUGUUAUGUGCCAAUGUACUUUAAUAUUAAGUAUUACAGCUCUGUCGUGUACGGCAGUGCAUUAUUUUUCAAGUUCAUCGGUAGGUCACGAUUUCUAGAACCUCGCUUACGCAAAAUUGUCAAUCAAGUAAUUAAAUAUAAUUCAUAUUAUGCGCAUUCGGAAAAUAUCUUGUUAUCAAUGUUGUUUGAUGAUAGGAAAGAAAAGCGCGACUAUGCCAUCAAGAAAAUUCUACGCUAUCGAACCGAUGUUGACGAGCCAAUGGAGCUUAGAGUUUAUAAAAAAAACAGAUAUAAACUUUAAUUGCACAAGUUAUACGGAAAUGAUCAAUUUGAAUGAUAUAAAUAUCGUAUUUGAACCACCAUUCACGCGAAGCAUUCCGUACGAUGCAUUAAAAGAAUAUUUAAAUCAAGAUGAUCCACCGUUUAAUGAUCCAAAAAUUCCAUCACACAUACAAGGAACGGAACGACAUGUUCAAUUGCUAGCUAGCGUUUCCAAACGGGUUAUACCGGAAAAUGUAGAGGCUGCUAAGGCGACGACAUUAGAGAGCCGUGCGAAAUUGCCCAGACUUGAAAGUAAAAAAGACUUCAAACAAUAAUUUUUUAAAUUUCUUUUCUAUAACUCACUUAAAUUAAUUUUUUUUCAUUUACAUAUGU